GUUAACUCCCCCUUGAGUGAUUCGUGUACUUUUCAUGUGAUAUUGGUCAUCCGUGCCUGCCAAGAAAGUGAAGGAAUUAUUAAAAGAAAAAACAGGGAUUCUGCAAGAAUAUUUUCUAUUAUCACCAAAAAUCCUCCAAUGCAGAACUUGGAGAUCUCAAUUGACGCAGAUACAAAGACGUUGCAGAUUCAAGAACCAGUUGGAGCCCAGAUUGAGACGAAAGUGGCGGGCGGCGGAGGAAAAGCAGGUCGGUGGCUCUUUCGAGUCCUUUUCAUCUUACAGUUGAUCUUGAUCACCAUCUUAGCAAUCGUCCUGACGAUUCGCGGCCUAAUCUUGGCUGAUAGGCAUCACUUUCAACCCAAGAAGUGGUACCCUCCGCUUCUUGCUUCGACAGGUUCAGCUGGAAUUGUUGCGUGUUCAUGGCAAUGGCUCACAGUCCGCAACCCUUCAAGAGCUCUGAAGGCAGCCUUCUGGCUUAGUCCUUUGUUAACAUGUGCAGUUGGAAUCCUGUUUGUGUUGAUCGAGUCUCCUGGAAGUUUAGCAGUAGGUGUUAUUGCUGUGAUCUUUGCAAUCAUUCAAUCUCUCUAUGCUUGUUGGGUGAAUCGAAGAUUCGAGUAUGCUUCGAAGGUCUUAUCAGUCUCUAUGUCUUCCUUUCCGACUAGGGCUUCUCUGCUGGUUGCGCUUUCAGUAACUGCAAGUGUCUUUUACUCCUCUUUCAUGGUGUCCGGCAUCGGAGGAGCCUCUGCAACCAGUACUUGGUUAGACAUCAUUUUCAUAUCAGUAAUCAUGCUAAGCCUGGCAUGGAGUAUGCAAGUGAUCAAGAAUGUAUUGCAAGUUACAAUUGCCAGAGUCAGGUACCUGCAUUUUGCUUGUGCAGCAGAUAUGGACACACGGGUAGCUUUUCGGGACACGAUCAAGUUCUUGCUGGGAAAUGUGUGCAUUGGCUCGUCCUUGGUUCCGGUCAUCGUAGUCAUUCGAGGUUCAGCACGAGGCAUGAGCUUGAUUGCAGAAGGCACGGACGAAUUCUUGUUCUCCUGCACCAACUGCUAUUCUCAGAUCGCUUCAACGCUUGUGAAGUAUGGCAACCGGUGGGGUUUUGUACAAGUAGGUGUAUACAACAAAGGUUUUGUACAGGCGUCAAUGGAUACAUGGGAGAUGUUCGGAAGGGUUGGUCUGGAAACCCUAAUAGACAUGGAUUUAACCGGGGUAUUCUGUUUUCUCUGUGGGGUGACUGGGGGUGCAAUAAGCGCUCUAGUUGCAGGAACCUGGGCAGUAUUCAUUCAUAAGAGCUAUGCAACAGAGCUGUCUUUCUAUGCCUUCUUGAUUGGCUAUUUCAUGUGUCGAAUAGCAAUGGCGUCGCCACAAUCUAGUGUUUCGGCAUACUAUGUUGCUUAUGCAGAGAACCCAAAUAGCACUGCAUUUGAUUCAACUAUUCCAGAACGCCUUCAGGAGAUUCAUAGGUACAGAGCUUAUCAAUCAUAGAGAUACAAAUUCAAAGCACAGAGUCAAAUCAUUCCACCUUGUCUUCAAGAACUUCCGAGAUACAGAGCUAAUAGAGAGCUGAUUUUAGAUGUGCAGAGAGUAUGGCCAUGGACAACACCACAACACUACAUUGCAUAUAUAUAAACGCUACUAUGGAACUGAGACCUGGAGAGAAGGAUCAAGUGACCCCAAAAGACCCAUGAGAAUGCCAAAGUAUAUAGGUUCUUUUGUUUUCUGAAAAUGAUUGCAUUAAGUUGAAUGAAAUAUAUAUCACACCAUUGUUGCUGUAAAAUAUUGAGCACUGAAAUCAAAUUAGUAAAGUUCAACAGUA